CGCCGGCCGCGCGGACCCGCCGCGGUCCCCGGAGCGGAGCGCGCCGUGGCGGCUCUAGCUGGGCGCCUCCCCCGCGCUGCCGCGCGCCCGCCCGCCCGCCGGCCCCGGCUCCGCUCGGCCAUCUUCGCCGCUCCCGCCUUCGCCAGCCCCGGCAGCGCGCCCUGUCCCCGCGCGCGGACUUUCUCGGAAAGUUUGGUGGUGCUUCUCGGCCGCCGCAAGCAGAGGCGCCACUCCCCACGUCCGCCAAACUUUGGGGCUCACUCGCGCGAUGAGCGCCCCUCCGCUGCUGCGGCCGCCCAGCCCGCUGCUGCCCGCCGCGGCCGCCGUGGCCGCCGCCGCUGCCGCGCUGGUCCCCGGCUCCGGGCCCGCGCCCUUCCCGGCGCCUGGGGCCGCCCCGGCCGGGGGCAUCUCGUUCCAUCUGCAGAUCGGCCUGAGCCGCGAGCCGGUGUUGCUCCUGCAGGACUCAUCUGGCGACUACAGCCUGGCACAUGUCCGGGAGAUGGCUUGCUCCAUUGUGGACCAGAAGUUCCCCGAAUGUGGUUUCUAUGGACUCUAUGAUAAGAUCCUGCUUUUCCGUCAUGAUCCUGCCUCUGAAAACAUCCUUCAGCUAGUGAAAAUCGCAAGCGAUAUCCAGGAGGGCGAUCUUAUUGAAGUGGUCCUGUCAGCUUCGGCCACCUUUGAGGACUUCCAGAUCAGGCCCCACGCUCUCUUUGUUCAUUCGUACAGAGCCCCAGCUUUCUGUGAUCACUGUGGAGAAAUGCUGUGGGGACUGGUCCGCCAAGGCCUUAAAUGUGAAGGAUGUGGUCUGAAUUACCAUAAGAGAUGUGCGUUUAAAAUCCCCAACAAUUGCAGUGGGGUGAGAAGGAGAAGGCUCUCAAAUGUUUCCCUCACUGGACUCGGUACUAUCCGCACAGCAUCUGCUGAGUUCUCUACCAGUGCCCCAGAUGAGCCUCUACUGUCUCCUGUGAGCCCUGGCUUUGAGCAAAAGUCUCCAUCGGAGUCAUUUAUCAGUCGUGAGAAGAGGUCAAAUUCCCAGUCGUACGUUGGACGGCCGAUUCAGCUUGACAAGCUCCUAAUGUCUAAGGUGAAGGUGCCACACACCUUUGUCAUCCACUCCUACACACGGCCCACAGUCUGCCAGUUCUGCAAGAAGCUACUCAAGGGUCUCUUCCGACAAGGCUUGCAAUGCAAAGACUGCAGAUUCAACUGUCACAAACGCUGUGCACCAAAAGUACCAAACAACUGCUUGGGUGAAGUGACCAUCAAUGGAGAAUUGCUUAGCCCUGGGGCAGAAUCUGAUGUUGUCAUGGAAGAAGGCAGUGACGACAAUGACAGCGAGAGGAACAGUGGGCUCAUGGACGACAUGGACGAGGCCAUGGUCCAGGAUACUGAGAUGGCUUUGGCGGAGGCCCAGAAUGAUGGUGCAGAGAUGCAAGAUCUAGAUGCAGACCAGGAGGACUCCAACAGAACCAUCAGCCCUUCCACGAGCAACAAUAUUCCGCUCAUGAGGGUCGUGCAGUCUGUCAAACACACCAAACGGAGGAGCAGCACGGUGAUGAAGGAAGGGUGGAUGGUCCACUACACCAGCAAGGACACACUGCGGAAAAGGCAUUACUGGAGACUGGACAGCAAGUGCAUUACACUCUUCCAAAAUGACACCGGGAGCCGGUACUAUAAGGAAAUUCCCUUAUCAGAAAUUUUAUGUCUGGAACCAGCAAAACCUUCAGCACUGACUCCUGUUGGAGCGAAUCCUCAUUGUUUUGAAAUCACUACAGCAAACGUAGUGUAUUAUGUGGGAGAAAACGUGGUCAAUCCUUCAAGCCCCCCACCAAGCAACAGUGUUCUCACCAGCGGCACCGGGACAGAUGUGGCCCGGAUGUGGGAGGUUGCCAUCCAGCACGCUCUCAUGCCCGUCAUCCCCAAGGGCUCCUCGGUCGGAUCCGGAACCAACUCGCACAAAGAUAUUUCUGUGAGCAUUUCCGUUUCAAAUUGCCAGAUUCAGGAAAAUGUGGAUAUCAGCACAGUCUAUCAAAUUUUUCCUGAUGAAGUUCUGGGUUCCGGACAGUUCGGAAUUGUUUAUGGAGGUAAACAUCGUAAAACAGGAAGAGAUGUAGCUAUUAAGAUUAUUGACAAAUUAAGAUUUCCAACAAAACAAGAAAGUCAGCUUCGUAAUGAGGUUGCAAUUUUACAGAACCUUCAUCACCCUGGUGUUGUAAAUUUGGAGUGUAUGUUUGAGACGCCUGAAAGAGUGUUUGUUGUUAUGGAAAAACUCCAUGGAGACAUGCUGGAGAUGAUCUUGUCAAGUGAAAAGGGCAGGUUGCCAGAACACAUAACGAAGUUUUUAAUUACUCAGAUACUAGUGGCUUUGCGACAUCUUCAUUUUAAAAACAUCGUUCACUGUGACCUCAAGCCAGAAAAUGUGUUGCUGGCUUCAGCCGACCCUUUCCCUCAGGUGAAACUCUGUGAUUUUGGUUUUGCCCGGAUCAUUGGAGAGAAGUCUUUCCGGAGGUCAGUGGUGGGUACCCCAGCCUACCUGGCUCCAGAGGUUCUUAGGAACAAGGGCUAUAACCGCUCCCUAGACAUGUGGUCUGUGGGGGUGAUCAUCUAUGUGAGCCUGAGUGGCACCUUCCCUUUCAAUGAAGAUGAAGAUAUCCAUGAUCAGAUCCAGAAUGCAGCCUUCAUGUAUCCGCCCAACCCUUGGAAGGAGAUUUCUCAUGAAGCCAUUGAUCUUAUCAAUAACUUGCUACAAGUGAAAAUGAGAAAACGCUACAGUGUGGAUAAAACUUUGAGUCACCCUUGGCUACAGGACUAUCAGACCUGGGUAGACUUACGAGAGCUGGAAUGCAGAAUUGGAGAACGCUAUAUUACCCACGAAAGCGAUGACUCCAGGUGGGAGCAGUAUGCAGGCGAGCAGGGCUUGCAGUACCCCGCACACCUGAUCAGUCUGAGUGCUAGUCACAGCGACGGUCCUGAGGCUGAAGAGAGAGAGAUGAAAGCCCUCAGUGAGCGUGUCAGCAUCCUCUGAUUCCGUCCCCUCUCAUCUGUCAAAACACUGUGGAAUUAAUAAAUACAUACGGUCAGGUCUAACAUUUGCCUUGAGAACUGCCGUUAUUUUCUGUCAGAUGAGAACAAAGCUGUUAAACUGUUAGCACUGUUGAUGUCUCUGAGUUGCCAAGACAAAUCAACAGAAGCAUUUGUAUUUUGUGUGACCAACUGUGUUGUAUUAACAAAAGUUCCCGGAAACACUAAACUUGUUAUUGUGAAUGAUUUAUGUUAUACUUAAUACAUUAAACCUGUCUCCACUGUGCCUUUGCAAAUCAGUGUUUUUCCUACCAGAGCCUCGUUUUGGUGAGAGCCAGCACCUAUCCAUGGCACCUUUGUGGUUGGCAUGCCCCCAUUGAUGGUGGUACUCUAAGCAAACUCUUCAGGAGUAGAUAAUCUGCCGGUGUUCUGUGAACAACUCAAAGUGCACAGUGGAUGGGGCGAGCGUGGAAGAUGCGGAGAAGGCAUCUAAGUCCUAAGGCUGACUCACAUGACAACAGUUCUGCCUUGUGGUUUCAAAUCUUCUGCCUGUCUGUUGUGCCUCAGUGUAUUUAAACUCUAGUAAGUGCACCUCAUAUGUGGAGCUGCCGCUCUAAGCCUAAAUGCCUUAGAAUGUAAACUGCUAUCCAUACCAGAUGCAUUUCUUCCUUUCUUACAAUACCAACUGUAUCACGGAAAACCAGCAACUCAGCAAAUGU